AUGAACCCAACUCUCUGCACCACUUGCCAGCUCUCUUCUACUGGCUUCUUAACUUAUCUUACAUCACCACAGAAAAAACAGAUCCCAGCAAUUUAACACACCAUUCUCUAAUCCUUUCCUCUGAGUGAAUAUCCCUUCCACGGAGUUUCCACUCAACUAAGUCAACAAACAUGACUGAAGGCAAGGUAGUAACUGAAGCAGAAAAUGCAAAUCAGAAAAAUCUUCAGGAUUUUGAUCCUCAAAAGAAGCCAAAGAGGAACAAGUACGCUUUUGCUUGUGCUAUGCUUGCCUCCAUGACUUCCAUCUUGCUUGGCUAUGAUAUUGGUGUGAUGAGUGGAGCCGCCAUCUACAUAAAAAGAGACCUUAAAGUCAGUGAUGUGAAGAUUGAGAUUCUGCUGGGAAUCAUCAACCUGUACUCGCUCAUAGGCUCAGGCCUCGCCGGCAGGACUUCUGACUGGAUAGGCCGCCGCUACACCAUCGUUUUCGCCGGCGCAAUCUUCUUCGUCGGAGCUUUACUCAUGGGGUUCUCUCCGAACUAUUGGUUUCUCAUGUUCGGGCGGUUCAUCGCCGGCAUUGGCAUCGGCUACGCCCUCAUGAUUGCCCCUGUCUAUACUGCUGAGGUUUCCCCUGCUUCCUCUCGCGGCUUCCUCACCUCCUUCCCCGAGGUUUUCAUAAAUGGAGGGAUAUUACUAGGAUACAUAUCAAACUUUGCAUUCUCAAAAUUGUCCCUCAAAGUAGGAUGGAGAAUGAUGCUCGGAGUUGGCGCACUCCCAUCAGUAAUCCUAGGCGUCGGAGUGUUAGCCAUGCCGGAGUCCCCACGGUGGUUAGUCAUGAGAGGCCGCCUAGGCGACGCUAUAAAAGUCCUCAACAAAACCUCAGACUCCCCUGAAGAAGCCCAGCUCCGCUUAGCCGACAUUAAACGCGCCGCCGGAAUCCCCGAAUCCUGCACCGACGACGUCGUUGAAGUCUCCAAGAGAAGCACCGGCGAGGGAGUCUGGAAGGAGCUCUUCCUCUACCCAACCCCGGCAAUCCGCCACAUCGUAAUCGCCGCCCUCGGCAUCCACUUCUUCCAACAAGCCUCCGGCAUCGACGCCGUCGUGCUAUACAGCCCCACCAUCUUCGAAAAAGCCGGGAUCAAGAGCGACACCGAUAAGCUCCUCGCCACCGUCGCCGUCGGGUUUGUGAAAACCUGUUUCAUCCUCGUCGCCACCUUCAUGCUCGACCGCAUCGGGCGGCGGCCGUUGCUCCUCACCAGCGUCGGCGGCAUGGUGCUGUCGCUCCUCACACUCGGCACCAGCCUCACGAUCAUCGACCGUUCAGAUACCAAAGUCACGUGGGCCGUUGGAUUGAGCAUUGCAACGGUUUUGUCCUACGUGGCCACGUUCUCGAUUGGUGCGGGGCCCAUCACGUGGGUCUAUAGCUCUGAGAUUUUCCCGUUGAGGUUGCGAGCGCAGGGUUGUGCUAUGGGAGUGGUGGUGAAUCGCGUGACGAGUGGGGUCAUUUCAAUGACCUUUUUGUCCCUGUCGAAAGGGAUUACCAUUGGUGGAGCUUUCUUCCUUUUUGGAGGGAUUGCGAUUUGUGGCUGGAUUUUCUUUUAUACUAUGCUUCCUGAAACUAGGGGGAAGACACUUGAAGAUAUGGAAGGGUCUUUUGGUCAAUCCAAGUCCAAAAUUAAGGGUAAUAAGGGAGUUGGAAAUGGGAAAGACAAUGACCAAGCAGGCCAAGUUCAGUUAGGGACUAAUGUCCAAACUUAGAGGAAUUAAUUAAUGAGUAUAUUAGGGGUAGUAUUACUAUAUAGUAGCUUUGUGGAACAAUGAAAAAUGUAUACAAAAAUGACAAGAGGAGCAAAAGUUAAUUGUAUGCAGUAACCUUUGUCAAUGAUAAGAAAAAAAAAAGGUGCUUAUAGCUUUUCA